GGUGCAGGCAUCUGAUAACAGUACUAACAACACGUCACUGAUGACCUUUGUGUCCGGUACACAGUAUAUUAUUCACUAUGGAAAUGCCUCCGUCAGCUGCUGCUGGAACGUCACCACCACACAAACUAAUGCUACACAAUGGAAUAUGACAGGGCUAUCACCAGGCAGGGUAUAUACAGUCACUGUACAGACACUUAGUGGUAACUGCAGCCAGACAUCCGCUGGAGUGACAGAGGCCACGUAUCCAACCCCACCAGGGAACGUAACCUUUACCACAGUUGGAGUAAACUUCAUCACACUGUCUUGGGGAGAGCCGGCCAAUAUGACAGGUGUAAUAAAGACAUAUAAUAUAACUUAUGGGAAUCCUUCAUACACUUGGACUGCAGCAAGUAACACAUCAAAUAUCACCCUUCAGAGCCUGAUAUCUGGGACUAAUUACACCAUUACUGUGGUAACAGUCGGAGCCCGGGGGUAUCAGAGUUUACCCGAGAGAGGAUCUAUCUACACAAAGCCAAUGUCAGUGAUGUCACUUAGUGCCAGCAAUGUGACUUCCUCUACUGUGUCCCUGAUGUGGAGUAGACCCGCUGAGUAUAAGUCUACAUACACCUACAGAAUCCAGACAAACGUCACAUCACCAGCUGUAAUGAUAUAUAAUACAAUAGUGACAAAUGAAUCAGCUACAAUAGUGAAUCUAACAGCAGGAGUAACGUAUACAUUCAUGGUAUAUACAAGAGCUGGUGAUAAUGUCACUGAGUCUGUACCUGUGUCACUAACUACCUGCACAGUUCCCGGACUGGCUGCCAACAUCACACUCAGCAAUUACAUGUCGGUUGAUGUUCUCGGAAUCUCAUGGAUAAAACCAUCAGUAAACGUGGACUAUUAUCAAGUCACUCUGACAGGAGACAUAAAUGUCACAGCACAGACUAAUGCUACACAAUGGAAUAUGACAGGGCUAUCACCAGGCAGGGUAUAUACAGUCACUGUACAGACACUUAGUGGUAACUGCAGCCAGACAUCCGCUGGAGUGACAGAGGCCACGUAUCCAACCCCACCAGGGAACGUAACCUUUACCACAGUUGGAGUAAACUUCAUCACACUGUCUUGGGGAGAGCCGGCCAAUAUGACUGGUGUAAUAAAGACAUAUAAUAUAACUUAUGGGAAUCCUUCAUACACUUGGACUGCAGCAAGUAACACAUCAAAUAUCACCCUUCAGAGCCUGAUAUCUGGGACUAAUUACACCGUUACUGUGGUAACAGUCGGAGCCCGGGGGUAUCAGAGUUUACCCGAGAGAGGAUCUAUCUACACAAAGCCAAUGUCAGUGAUGUCACUUAGUGCCAGCAAUGUGACUUCCUCUUCUGUGUCCCUGAUGUGGAGUAGACCCGCUGAGUAUAAGUCUACAUACACCUACAGAAUCCAGACAAACGUCAUAUCACCAGCUGCAAUGAUAUAUAAUACAAUAGUGACAAAUGAAUCAGCUACAAUAGUGAAUCUAACAGCAGGAGUAACGUAUACAUUCAUGGUAUAUACAAGAGCUGGUGAUAAUGUCACUGAGUCUGUACCUGUGUCACUAACUACCUGCACAGUUCCCGGACUGGCUGCCAACAUCACACUCAGCAAUUACAUGUCGGUUGAUGUUCUCGGAAUCUCAUGGAUAAAACCAGCAGGAAACGUGGAACGUUAUCAAGUCACUCUGACAGGAGACAUAAAUGUCACAGCACAGACUAAUGCUACACAAUGGAAUAUGACAGGGCUAUCACCAGGCAGGGUAUAUACAGUCACUGUACAGACACUUAGUGGUAACUGCAGCCAGACAUCCGCUGGAGUGACAGAGGCCACGUAUCCAACCCCACCAGGGAACGUAACCUUUACCACAGUUGGAGUAAACUUCAUCACACUGUCUUGGGGAGAGCCGGCCAAUAUGACAGGUGUAAUAAAGACAUAUAAUAUAACUUAUGGGAAUCCUUCAUACACUUGGACUGCAGCAAGUAACACAUCAAAUAUCACCCUUCAGAGCCUGAUAUCUGGGACUAAUUACACCAUUACUGUGGUAACAGUCGGAGCCCGGGGGUAUCAGAGUUUACCCGAGAGAGGAUCUAUCUACACAAAGCCAAUGUCAGUGAUGUCACUUAGUGCCAGCAAUGUGACUUCCUCUUCUGUGUCCCUGAUGUGGAGUAGACCCGCUGAGUAUAAGUCUACAUACACCUACAGAAUCCAGACAAACGUCAUAUCACCAGCUGCAAUGAUAUAUAAUACAAUAGUGACAAAUGAAUCAGCUACAAUAGUGAAUCUAACAGCAGGAGUAACGUAUACAUUCAUGGUAUAUACAAGAGCUGGUGAUAAUGUCACUGAGUCUGUACCUGUGUCACUAACUACCUGCACAGUUCCCGGACUGGCUGCCAACAUCACACUCAGCAAUUACAUGUCGGUUAAUGUUCUCGGAAUCUCAUGGAUAAAACCAUCAGUAAACGUGGACUAUUAUCAAGUCACUCUGACAGGAGACAUAAAUGUCACAGCACAGACUAAUGCUACACAAUGGAAUAUGACAGGGCUAUCACCAGGCAGGGUAUAUACAGUCACUGUACAGACACUUAGUGGUAACUGCAGCCAGACAUCCGCUGGAGUGACAGAGGCCACGUAUCCAACCCCACCAGGGAACGUAACCUUUACCACAGUUGGAGUAAACUUCAUCAAACUGUCUUGGGGAGAGCCGGCCAAUAUGACUGGUGUAAUAAAGACAUAUAAUAUAACUUAUGGGAAUCCUUCAUACACUUGGACUGCAGCAAGUAACACAUCAAAUAUCACCCUUCAGAGCCUGAUAUCUGGGACUAAUUACACCGUUACUGUGGUAACAGUCGGAGCCCGGGGGUAUCAGAGUUUACCCGAGAGAGGAUCUAUCUACACAAGUCUUCCAUAUCAGCUAACAAACGUGAGGGCCGUUCUAUCCUCAUCAGGUGCCGCAAUGAAUGUUACAUUCCUGGCUUUCAGCAGCACAGAUGGGCCGAUAGUGGCGUAUGCUGUCAUACUGACAACUGAGAUAAGUGGUGACGGCCCAACUGGCGGGAUUCUAUCUAAAACGUACAGAGACUUUAAGAACCAGACAACAAGCACCUAUGUCUCUUGUGUCAUCGAUCCCAGGAUGUCCCAGAGUCCUGAGGGAUCACAGGAAGUAGAUGUACGUGUGGGAGAUGAAACGGAGACACAUUCCUACGUCAAUGGCCCACUGGAUCCGCACUUACAGUACAGGGUCAGCGUAGCAGGAUUCACCACCAUUAACUAUGACUUACACAGCGACACCAUCCUAGAAGAGCGCUCUACUGUAACCUAUACCAACUACACAGACAGUAUUUCCGCAACAGCUUCCGCAGGAGCUGACGCUUCUAAUAAAGUUUAUAUCGUGGGAGCUGUAAUCGGAAGUUUCGUGGUUGUGUCUGCUGUCAUUACUUUGGGAUGUUUCUUUUGGAGAAAGAAAAGACAGUGUAAACAAAAUGCAGAGGCUUCCUCCACAGGUGCUCCUAGCAGUGACUCUCGGAGGAGGAGGCCGGCUGUGCGCAGAGAGAGCUUUGAGGCCAUGUAUAACGUACUGAGAGCGAAUAACAACGCAGGAUUCAUGCAGGAGUAUGCGAGCCUACAGGAUGUCGGCAGGUCACAGACGACCUGCUUAGCUCUGCGUCCAGCCAACGCCAGGAAGAACCGGACAGAUGGCGUGCUUCUGUAUGAUAAGACUCCUGUCAAACUCUCAACCUUUCAUGACUCAGACAUGAGGCACAUUAAUGCCAGCUACAUUCCGGGGUAUAGAAGCAAAACAGAAUUUAUUGCUGCUCAGAGCCCAUUACCGGGAGCUGGGAGAGUCGUCUGGUCCCUGAUCUGGGAGAAACGUAUAAACACUAUUGCCGUGCUGUCCAGCUGCCUGGAAUAUGGCAAGGGGCAUAGUGAGCAGUACUGGCCAUCCAGCGAAGCCAAGGCGUUUGGUGACAUCAUAGUAACUCUGAUGUCAGAGAAGAUCCUCUGUGAUUGGACGGUCAGAGACUUCAUGGUGACAAAUGUUAAGAACAAUGAAAGUCGCCAAGUGCGUCAAUUCCAUCUUACGGCAUGGACCGAGAACGGAGACCUCAGUGAGAGAGCCGUCCUGAUUCACUUUGUAAACCUGGUCCGACAGCAUAGGAAAGAAUAUUCCGCUACAUUCCCUGCGCUGGUGCUUUGCAGAGCUGCGGCUGGGAGAUCUGGAAUAUUCAUCGCUCUUGAUCGCAUCAUUAACCAGUUGGAAGAUGAUAACAUGGUGGAUGUGUAUGGAACAGUCUAUGAUCUGCACUUACAUCGUCCCUCAAUGGUGCAGUCAGAGGCUCAGUAUAUAUUCCUGCACCAGUGCACCUUAGACAUCAUCAGGGUACAGGCUGAGGCGCAGAGCAGCCUGGAUUACCAGACAGACAAAGAAGAGAGGCUCUAUGAAGAACUCCCCAACUCUCUUCCCUCCGAGACGCCGUUACAGAAUGAAGAAUCUGUCUACGACCUGUGUCUAAAUUUUCCCGGACUGGCUGCCAACAUCACACUCAGCAAUUACAUGUCGGUUAAUGUUCUCGGAAUCUCAUGGAUAAAACCAUCAGUAAACGUGGACUAUUAUCAAGUCACUCUGACAGGAGACAUAAAUGUCACAGCACAGACUAAUGCUACACAAUGGAAUAUGACAGGGCUAUCACCAGGCAGGGUAUAUACAGUCACUGUACAGACACUUAGUGGUUACUGCAGCCAGACAUCCGCUGGAGUGACAGAGGCCACGUAUCCAACCCCACCAGGGAACGUAACCUUUACCACAGUUGGAGUAAACUUCAUCAAACUGUCUUGGGGAGAGCCGGCCAAUAUGACAGGUGUAAUAAAGACAUAUAAUAUAACUUAUGGGAAUCCUUCAUACACUUGGACUGCAGCAAGUAACACAUCAAAUACCACCCUUCAGAGCCUGAUAUCUGGGACUAAUUACACCGUUACUGUGGUAACAGUCGGAGCCCGGGGGUAUCAGAGUUUACCUGUUAGCGCAUCUGUGUAUACUAUUCCCGGACUGGCUGCCAACAUCACACUCAGCAAUUACAUGUCGGUUAAUGUUCUCGGAAUCUCAUGGAUAAAACCAUCAGUAAACGUGGACUAUUAUCAAGUCACUCUGACAGGAGACAUAAAUGUCACAGCACAGACUAAUGCUACACAAUGGAAUAUGACAGGGCUAUCACCAGGCAGGGUAUAUACAGUCACUGUACAGACACUUAGUGGUAACUGCAGCCAGACAUCCGCUGGAGUGACAGAGGCCACGUAUCCAACCCCACCAGGGAACGUAACCUUUAUCACAGUUGGAGUAAACUUCAUCACACUGUCUUGGGGAGAGCCGGCCAAUAUGACAGGUGUAAUAAAGACAUAUAAUAUAACUUAUGGGAAUUCUUCAUACACUUGGACUGCAGCAAGUAACACAUCAAAUAUCACCCUUCACAGCCUGAUAUCUGGGACUAAUUACACCGUUACUGUGGUAACAGUCGGAGCCCGGGGGUAUCAGAGUUUACCUGUUAGUGUAUCUGUGUAUACUAAUCCAAUGUCGGUGAAUUUGCUGAAUACCAGCAAUGUGACUUCCUCUACUGUGUCCCUGAUGUGGAGUAGACCCGCUGAGUAUAAGUCUACAUACACCUACAGAAUCCAGACAAACGUCAUAUCACCAGCUGCAAUGAUAUAUAAUACAAUAGUGACAAAUGAAUCAGCUACAAUAGUGAAUCUAACAGCAGGAGUAACGUAUACAUUCAUGGUAUAUACAAGAGCUGGUGAUAAUGUCACUGAGUCUGUACCUGUGUCACUAACUACCUGCACAGUUCCCGGACUGGCUGCCAACAUCACACUCAGCAAUUACAUGUCGGUUAAUGUUCUCGGAAUCUCAUGGAUAAAACCAUCAGUAAACGUGGACUAUUAUCAAGUCACUCUGACAGGAGACAUAAAUGUCACAGCACAGACUAAUGCUACACAAUGGAAUAUGACAGGGCUAUCACCAGGCAGGGUAUAUACAGUCACUGUACAGACACUUAGUGGUAACUGCAGCCAGACAUCCGCUGGAGUGACAGAGGCCACGUAUCCAACCCCACCAGGGAACGUAACCUUUACCACAGUUGGAGUAAACUUCAUCACACUGUCUUGGGGAGAGCCGGCCAAUAUGACAGGUGUAAUAAAGACAUAUAAUAUAACUUAUGGGAAUUCUUCAUACACUUGGACUGCAGCAAGUAACACAUCAAAUAUCACCCUUCAGAGCCUGAUAUCUGGGACUAAUUACACCGUUACUGUGGUAACAGUCGGAGCCCGGGGGUAUCAGAGUUUACCUGUUAGUGUAUCUGUGUAUACUAAUCCAAUGUCGGUGAAUUUGCUGAAUACCAGCAAUGUGACUUCCUCUACUGUGUCCCUGAUGUGGAGUAGACCCGCUGAGUAUAAGUCUACAUACACCUACAGAAUCCAGACAAACGUCAUAUCACCAGCUGCAAUGAUAUAUAAUACAAUAGUGACAAAUGAAUCAGCUACAAUAGUGAAUCUAACAGCAGGAGUAACGUAUACAUUCAUGGUAUAUACAAGAGCUGGUGAUAAUGUCACUGAGUCUGUACCUGUGUCACUAACUACCUGCACAGUUCCCGGACUGGCUGCCAACAUCACACUCAGCAAUUACAUGUCGGUUAAUGUUCUCGGAAUCUCAUGGAUAAAACCAUCAGUAAACGUGGACUAUUAUCAAGUCACUCUGACAGGAGACAUAAAUGUCACAGCACAGACUAAUGCUACACAAUGGAAUAUGACAGGGCUAUCACCAGGCAGGGUAUAUACAGUCACUGUACAGACACUUAGUGGUAACUGCAGCCAGACAUCCGCUGGAGUGACAGAGGCCACGUAUCCAACCCCACCAGGGAACGUAACCUUUAUCACAGUUGGAGUAAACUUCAUCACACUGUCUUGGGGAGAGCCGGCCAAUAUGACAGGUGUAAUAAAGACAUAUAAUAUAACUUAUGGGAAUUCUUCAUACACUUGGACUGCAGCAAGUAACACAUCAAAUAUCACCCUUCAGAGCCUGAUAUCUGGGACUAAUUACACCGUUACUGUGGUAACAGUCGGAGCCCGGGGGUAUCAGAGUUUACCUGUUAGUGUAUCUGUGUAUACUAAUCCAAUGUCGGUGAAUUUGCUGAAUACCAGCAAUGUGACUUCCUCUACUGUGUCCCUGAUGUGGAGUAGACCCGCUGAGUAUAAGUCUACAUACACCUACAGAAUCCAGACAAACGUCAUAUCACCAGCUGCAAUGAUAUAUAAUACAAUAGUGACAAAUGAAUCAGCUACAAUAGUGAAUCUAACAGCAGGAGUAACGUAUACAUUCAUGGUAUAUACAAGAGCUGGUGAUAAUGUCACUGAGUCUGUACCUGUGUCACUAACUACCUGCACAGUUCCCGGACUGGCUGCCAACAUCACACUCAGCAAUUACAUGUCGGUUAAUGUUCUCGGAAUCUCAUGGAUAAAACCAUCAGUAAACGUGGACUAUUAUCAAGUCACUCUGACAGGAGACAUAAAUGUCACAGCACAGACUAAUGCUACACAAUGGAAUAUGACAGGGCUAUCACCAGGCAGGGUAUAUACAGUCACUGUACAGACACUUAGUGGUAACUGCAGCCAGACAUCCGCUGGAGUGACAGAGGCCACGUAUCCAACCCCACCAGGGAACGUAACCUUUACCACAGUUGGAGUAAACUUCAUCACACUGUCUUGGGGAGAGCCGGCCAAUAUGACAGGUGUAAUAAAGACAUAUAAUAUAACUUAUGGGAAUUCUUCAUACACUUGGACUGCAGCAAGUAACACAUCAAAUACCACCCUUCAGAGCCUGAUAUCUGGGACUAAUUACACCAUUACUGUGGUAACAGUCGGAGCCCGGGGGUAUCAGAGUUUACCUGUUAGUGCAUAUGUGUAUACUAAUCCAAUGUCGGUGAAUUUGCUGAAUACCAGCAAUGUGACUUCCUCUACUGUGUCCCUGAUGUGGAGUAGACCCGCUGAGUAUAAGUCUACAUACACCUACAGAAUCCAGACAAACGUCAUAUCACCAGCUGCAAUGAUAUAUAAUACAAUAGUGACAAAUGAAUCAGCUACAAUAGUGAAUCUAACAGCAGGAGUAACGUAUACAUUCAUGGUAUAUACAAGAGCUGGUGAUAAUGUCACUGAGUCUGUACCUGUGUCACUAACUACCUGCACAGUUCCCGGACUGGCUGCCAACAUCACACUCAGCAAUUACAUGUCGGUUAAUGUUCUCGGAAUCUCAUGGAUAAAACCAUCAGUAAACGUGGACUAUUAUCAAGUCACUCUGACAGGAGACAUAAAUGUCACAGCACAGACUAAUGCUACACAAUGGAAUAUGACAGGGCUAUCACCAGGCAGGGUAUAUACAGUCACUGUACAGACACUUAGUGGUAACUGCAGCCAGACAUCCGCUGGAGUGACAGAGGCCACGUAUCCAACCCCACCAGGGAACGUAACCUUUACCACAGUUGGAGUAAACUUCAUCACACUGUCUUGGGGAGAGCCGGCCAAUAUGACAGGUGUAAUAAAGACAUAUAAUAUAACUUAUGGGAGUUCUACAUAUACUUGGACUGCAGCAAGUAACACAUCAAAUAUCACCCUUCAGAGCCUGAUAUCUGGGACUAAUUACACCAUUACUGUGGUAACAGUCGGAGCCCGGGAGUAUCAGAGUUUACCUGUUAGUGCAUAUGUGUAUACUAAUCCAAUGUCGGUGAAUUUGCUGAAUACCAGCAAUGUGACUUCCUCUACUGUGUCCCUGAUGUGGAGUAGACCCGCUGAGUAUAAGUCUACAUACACCUACAGAAUCCAGACAAACGUCAUAUCACCAGCUGCAAUGAUAUAUAAUACAAUAGUGACAAAUGAAUCAGCUACAAUAGUGAAUCUAACAGCAGGAGUAACGUAUACAUUCAUGGUAUAUACAAGAGCUGGUGAUAAUGUCACUGAGUCUGUACCUGUGUCACUAACUACCUGCACAGUUCCCGGACUGGCUGCCAACAUCACACUCAGCAAUUACAUGUCGGUUAAUGUUCUCGGAAUCUCAUGGAUAAAACCAUCAGUAAACGUGGACUAUUAUCAAGUCACUCUGACAGGAGACAUAAAUGUCACAGCACAGACUAAUGCUACACAAUGGAAUAUGACAGGGCUAUCACCAGGCAGGGUAUAUACAGUCACUGUACUGACACUUAGCGGUAACUGCAGCCAGACAUCCGCUGGAGUGACAGAGGCCACGUAUCCAACCCCACCAGGGAACGUAACCUUUACCACAGUUGGAGUAAACUUCAUCACACUGUCUUGGGGAGAGCCGGCCAAUAUGACAGGUGUAAUAAAGACAUGUAAUAUAACUUAUGGGAAUUCUUCAUACACUUGGACUGCAGCAAGUAACACAUCAAAUAUCACCCUUCAGAGCCUGAUAUCUGGGACUAAUUACACCAUUACUGUGGUAACAGUCGGAGCCCGGGGGUAUCAGAGUUUACCUGUUAGCGCAUCUGUGUAUACUAAUCCAAUGUCGGUGAAUUUGCUGAAUACCAGCAAUGUGACUUCCUCUACUGUGUCCCUGAUGUGGAGUAGACCCGCUGAGUAUAAGUAUACAUACACCUACAGAAUCCAGACAAACGUCAUAUCACCAGCUGCAAUGAUAUAUAAUACAAUAGUGACAAAUGAAUCAGCUACAAUAGUGAAUCUAACAGCAGGAGUAACGUAUACAUUCAUGGUAUAUACAAGAGCUGGUGAUAAUGUCACUGAGUCUGUACCUGUGUCACUAACUACCUGCACAGUUCCCGGACUGGCUGCCAACAUCACACUCAGCAAUUACAUGUCGGUUAAUGUUCUCGGAAUCUCAUGGAUAAAACCAUCAGUAAAUGUGGACUAUUAUCAAGUCACUCUGACAGGAGACAUAAAUGUCACAGCACAGACUAAUGCUACACAAUGGAAUACGACAGGGCUAUCACCAGGCAGGGUAUAUACAGUCACUGUACAGACACUUAGUGGUAACUGCAGCCAGACAUCCGCUGGAGUGACAGAGGCCACGUAUCCAACCCAACCAGGGAACGUAACCUUUACCACAGUUGGAGUAAACUUCAUCACACUGUCUUGGGGAGAGCCGGCCAAUAUGACAGGUGUAAUAAAGACAUAUAAUAUAACUUAUGGGAAUUCUUCAUACACUUGGACUGCAGCAAGUAACACAUCAAAUAUCACCCUUCAGAGCCUGAUAUCUGGGACUAAUUACACCAUUACUGUGGUAACAGUCGGAGCUCGGGGGUAUCAGAGUUUACCUGUUAGUGCAUAUGUGUAUACUAAUCCAAUGUCGGUGAAUUUGCUGAAUACCAGCAAUGUGACUUCCUCUACUGUGUCCCUGAUGUGGAGUAGACCCGCUGAGUAUAAGUCUACAUACACCUACAGAAUCCAGACAAACGUCAUAUCACCAGCUGCAAUGAUAUAUAAUACAAUAGUGACAAAUGAAUCAGCUACAAUAGUGAAUCUAACAGCAGGAGUAACGUAUACAUUCAUGGUAUAUACAAGAGCUGGUGAUAAUGUCACUGAGUCUGUACCUGUGUCACUAACUACCUGCACAGUUCCCGGACUGGCUGCCAACAUCACACUCAGCAAUUACAUGUCGGUUAAUGUUCUCGGAAUCUCAUGGAUAAAACCAUCAGUAAACGUGGACUAUUAUCAAGUCACUCUGACAGGAGACAUAAAUGUCACAGCACAGACUAAUGCUACACAAUGGAAUAUGACAGGGCUAUCACCAGGCAGGGUAUAUACAGUCACUGUACAGACACUUAGUGGUAACUGCAGCCAGACAUCCGCUGGAGUGACAGAGGCCACGUAUCCAACCCCACCAGGGAACGUAACCUUUACCACAGUUGGAGUAAACUUCAUCACACUGUCUUGGGGAGAGCCGGCCAAUGUGACAGGUGUAAUAAAGACAUAUAAUAUAACUUAUGGGAAUUCUUCAUACACUUGGACUGCAGCAAGUAACACAUCAAAUAUCACCCUUCAGAGCCUGAUAUCUGGGACUAAUUACACCAUUACUGUGGUAACAGUCGGAGCCCGGGGGUAUCAGAGUUUACCUGUUAGUGUAUCUGUGUAUACUAAUCCAAUGUCGGUGAAUUUGCUGAAUACCAGCAAUGUGACUUCCUCUACUGUGUCCCUGAUGUGGAGUAGACCCGCUGAGUAUAAGUCUACAUACACCUACAGAAUCCAGACAAACGUCAUAUCACCAGCUGCAAUGAUAUAUAAUACAAUAGUGACAAAUGAAUCAGCUACAAUAGUGAAUCUAACAGCAGGAGUAACGUAUACAUUCAUGGUAUAUACAAGAGCUGGUGAUAAUGUCACUGAGUCUGUACCUGUGUCACUAACUACCUGCACAGUUCCCGGACUGGCUGCCAACAUCACACUCAGCAAUUACAUGUCGGUUAAUGUUCUCGGAAUCUCAUGGAUAAAACCAUCAGGAAACGUGGACUAUUAUCAAGUCACUCUGACAGGAGACAUAAAUGUCACAGCACAGACUAAUGCUACACAAUGGAAUAUGACAGGGCUAUCACCAGGCAGGGUAUAUACAGUCACUGUACAGACACUUAGUGGUAACUGCAGCCAGACAUCCGCUGGAGUGACAGAGGCCACGUAUCCAACCCCACCAGGGAACGUAACCUUUACCACAGUUGGAGUAAACUUCAUCACACUGUCUUGGGGAGAGCCGGCCAAUAUGACAGGUGUAAUAAAGACAUAUAAUAUAACUUAUGGGAAUUCUUCAUACACUUGGACUGCAGCAAGUAACACAUCAAAUAUCACCCUUCAGAGCCUGAUAUCUGGGACUAAUUACACCGUUACUGUGGUAACAGUCGGAGCCCGGGGGUAUCAGAGUUUACCUGUUAGCGCAUCUGUGUAUACUAAUCCAAUGUCGGUGAAUUUGCUGAAUACCAGCAAUGUGACUUCCUCUUCUGUGUCCCUGAUGUGGAGUAGACCCGCUGAGUAUAAGUCUACAUACACCUACAGAAUCCAGACAAACGUCAUAUCACCAGCUGCAAUGAUAUAUAAUACAAUAGUGACAAAUGAAUCAGCUACAAUAGUGAAUCUAACAGCAGGAGUAACGUAUACAUUCAUGGUAUAUACAAGAGCUGGUGAUAAUGUCACUGAGUCUGUACCUGUGUCACUAACUACCUGCACAGUUCCCGGACUGGCUGCCAACAUCACACUCAGCAAUUACAUGUCGGUUAAUGUUCUCGGAAUCUCAUGGAUAAAACCAUCAGUAAACGUGGACUAUUAUCAAGUCACUCUGACAGGAGACAUAAAUGUCACAGCACAGACUAAUGCUACACAAUGGAAUAUGACAGGGCUAUCACCAGGCAGGGUAUAUACAGUCACUGUACAGACACUUAGUGGUAACUGCAGCCAGACAUCCGCUGGAGUGACAGAGGCCACGUAUCCAACCCCACCAGGGAACGUAACCUUUACCACAGUUGGAGUAAACUUCAUCACACUGUCUUGGGGAGAGCCGGCCAAUAUGACAGGUGUAAUAAAGACAUAUAAUAUAACUUAUGGGAGUUCUACAUACACUUGGACUGCAGCAAGUAACACAUCAAAUACCACCCUUCAGAGCCUGAUAUCUGGGACUAAUUACACCAUUACUGUGGUAACAGUCGGAGCCCGGGGGUAUCAGAGUUUACCUGUUAGUGCAUAUGUGUAUACUAAACCGAUGCCGGUGACAUCACUGAUAAAUGGUCCAUCUUCCAUGGUCUCUGUGCCUCUGUUCUGGAGUAGACCCGCUGAGUAUAGUAGCUCUUACACCUACAGAAUCCAGACAAACGUCAUAUCACCAGCUGCAAUGAUAUAUAAUACAAUAGUGACAAAUGAAUCAGCUACAAUAGUGAAUCUAACAGCAGGAGUAACGUAUACAUUCAUGGUAUAUACAAGAGCUGGUGAUAAUGUCACUGAGUCUGACCCUGUGUCACUAACUACCUGCACAGUUCCCGGACUGGCUGCCAACAUCACACUCAACAAUUACAUGUCGGUUAAUGUUCUCGGAAUCUCAUGGAUAAAACCAUCAGGAAACGUGGACUAUUAUCAAGUCACUCUGACAGGAGACAUAAAUGUCACAGCACAGACUAAUGCUACACAAUGGAAUAUGACAGGGCUAUCACCAGGCAGGGUAUAUACAGUCACUGUACAGACACUUAGUGGUAACUGCAGCCAGACAUCCGCUGGAGUGACAGAGGCCACGUAUCCAACCCCACCAGGGAACGUAACCUUUACCACAGUUGGAGUAAACUUCAUCACACUGUCUUGGGGAGAGCCGGCCAAUAUGACAGGUGUAAUAAAGACAUAUAAUAUAACUUAUGGGAAUCCUUCAUACACUUGGACUGCAGCAAGUAACACAUCAAAUAUCACCCUUCAGAGCCUGAUAUCUGGGACUAAUUACACCGUUACUGUGGUAACAGUCGGAGCCCGGGGGUAUCAGAGUUUACCUGUUAGCGCAUCUGUGUAUACUAAACCGAUGCCGGUGACAUCACUGAUAAAUGGUCCAUCUUCCAUGGUCUCUGUGCCUCUGUUCUGGAGUAGACCUGCUGAGUAUAGUAGUUCUUACACCUACAGAAUCCAGACAAACGUCAUAUCACCAGCUGCAAUGAUAUAUAAUACAAUAGUGACAAAUGAAUCAGCUACAAUAGUGAAUCUAACAGCAGGAGUAACGUAUACAUUCAUGGUAUAUACAAGAGCUGGUGAUAAUGUCACUGAGUCUGACCCUGUGUCACUAACUACCUGCACAGUUCCAGAGCCUGCGUCAGGAUUUAAUUGUUCACCUCAGACAGAUUCAUCCACUCUCCUGCUCAGGUGGGAAUGUCCAAUGGGAAUAUAUACCAGCUUCAAGUUGAACGUGUCUGAUGGAACGUCUGAGAAUCUUCCUAUCACUAACUGUAGUGUUGUUGAAAAGAAUUUCACAAAUUUCAAGCCCUACACGAUCUACACUUUUAAUUUGACAACUCUGUCAUGUGACAAAUCCAGCAUGGUGGUGCAGACACAGUGCCAGACUUCAUUAGCACCCCCUCCGGGACCGACACAGGUGUCGUUAGUAACUGCUAAUCCUCCUUCCUAUAACAGCAUCGACUUCACGUUUCCGGCGUUUGAUAAUACAAAUGGACCCAUCAGUGCUUACGCAGUGAUCGUAUCAGACACAAAUGGUGGUACACCACCUAGAAGCAUUGUGUCCAAGACCUACACCGAUUACACCAAUAAGAACACCAACUCCUAUGUUGCCAAAAUCAUCAACAAUUCUGGAAGGCGUCGGAGGUCGACUCGUGCAAAUUCCAUAGCAGCCAAAGUCGGAGAUGGCACCACAACGGAAUCUUAUGUAAAUGGCCCACUGAAACCAUUGUCAUCUUAUUGGGGCCUAGUCAUCAUCAGCCAUGUGCGCGUUACACAUGCAGAAACAAAGCUUACGAAUGUUUUUGGUUGCUGUUCCCUUCUUAGAAGAAGACGGAGAGAAAGUGGCACCAGACACUAUUUGUUAUCGUUGUCUGAUAAUCCAUUAGUCCUGGACAUGUUAGAUACUAGGAAGUGUUGGAACAGAGUAAUCGCCAGGAAAGCACCAGGCACGAUGAUGCAGAGCCGGCAGACAACGCAAGUGCGUCACUUCCAUUUUACUGCCUGGCCGGACCAUGGCGUUCCCAAGACAACCAACGACCUGAUACAGUUUAGGAAUUUAAUCCGUCAAUAUACAGCAAGUUACUGCCCGCCCAGUUCACCUAUACUGGUACACUGCAGUGCCGGAGUGGGCAGAACUGGCACUUUCAUUGCACUUGAUCGCAUCAUUAAACAAAUUGAAGCUGAAGAUAGAAUAGAUGUGUAUGCAAUUGUACAUGACCUGCGGAUGCAUCGGGGAUUAAUGGUGCAAACGGACAGCCAGUACGUCUUCCUGAACAAGUGUGCGCUGGAUUUCAUCAAUAGUCGGAAAAGCUCCGAUCCUGAUCUCAGUUACCAAAACUCGUCCAGCAUCUAUGAGAACUUCAAUGUAGCUCCUCUGCGAUAGACACAUAUCUGAUCACCGUACGUCCUGUGUGUACAGACAAAGGGCUGCUGGGCUUCCGGACAUAUCACAGCGCCAAGCAGGGAAUUUGCACUUUAUUUCUAAAGAAAAUUGCUCAAUAUGCGGGUUUUCUUCUGUACGUACUAUUAAUCUGCUGGAAAGAUAUAGUACGUCUUAUGUUACAAGGCCAAAGAUAUACAGAGAUCACCGGCCAUUGGCCAGAAACAUUUGUUCAUGUGCCAUUACAAAUACCAGGGGAGCUGAUGAAUAUGACACGUUGUAUUGUAAUAAAUGUACCUCAAUGAAUGUUCGGCCAAUGCAAUACUGGGCCUGAUUCGGAGAUGGCCGCUAAAUGCAUUUGCCGCUGCGAUCCCGUACGCAACAGAUGUGUGAAAAAUAUGCAAGCGCAGUAGUUACCUGAAAACGUAUUGAGACACCCACCGGCGGCUUCGCAGAUCCAAGUAACUGUCUACAAAUAUGCAGCGGAGCUGGAAGACCCUUCCGUAUUCGGCCAUCUGAGUUACCCUAUGGGCGAGGAGGAAUGGCCGCUGGGGCUGAGGCGCUGGCGUCAUGUUUUGUUGAUAUGGAGGUCGUGAUGCGCCUGUAUUUUUACUGCCUCGCCCCUUCACCUCCCCCAAACCCUGACUGCCAGUCACUGCAAAUAAAUACUCACUGGAAGCGACCUUGGUGUGUGUGCUGUGCCACCUUGGUGUGUGCGCUGUAGGAUGAUAACUGCUCAGCAUUGGGUACAUCUCAGAGUCAGCGCCACUGACCCAUAGAUUAUAUAUAUAUAUAUAUAUAUAUAUAUAUAUAUAUACACACAUAUACAUACAGUGGGGAUUGAAAGUUUGGGCACCCCAGGCAAAAAUUAAUUUUAAUGUGCAAAAAGAAGCCAAGGAAAGAUGGAAAAAUCUCCAAAAGGCAUCAAAUUACAGAUUAGACACGCUUAUAACAUGUCAAAAAAAGUUUGAUUUUAUUUCCAUCAUUUACACUUUCAAAAGAACAGAAAACAAAAAAUGGCGUCUGCAAAAGUUUGGGCACCCUGCAGAGUUAAUACCUUGUACUGCCCCCUUUGGCAAGUAUCACAGCUUGUAAAUGCUUUUUGUAGCCAGCCAAGAGUCUUUCAAUUCUUGUUUAAGGUAUCUUCGCCCAUUCUUCCUUACAAAAGUCUUCCAGUUCUUUGGGAUUCCUGGGCUGUCUGUGACGCACGCAAAAGUGCAGGCAGCUGGCGGUCACCCGUAUGCGGCUGAAUGCAAAUGCUGCUCCAAACUCCUCCCCUUGCGUACAUAAGUGCGGCCGGGGAUGGUGUUCAAGAACUGAGAUGCCCGCUGCCAGCAUCUGUGUGCAUAGUAAUACUGAUUGGUACGUCCUUAUACGCCAUCUUUGGUCAGAACGUGAACACCGGCGUUACGACAGAAUUGGGUGCAAAUCAGGCCCGUAUCUCACCUGUAAUAGGUAUAAUAUACUGUCAUGUUCCACAUUCCAAUUAUCAAGUGAGGAGAGCGAGAGAGUGGAGAGAGAUAAAGGUGUCUAUUUACUAAGCCAUGGAGAGAGAUAGUGGAGAGAUGUAACGGGGUAUACUUACUAAGGCUUGGAGAGACAGUGGAGAGAGAUAAAGGGGUCUAUUUACUAAGGUGUGGAGAGAGGUAAAGGGGUCUGUUUACGAAGGCUUAGAGCAGGGGUGGGGAACCUGUGGCCCUCCAGCUGUUGUUGAACUACACAUCCCAGCAUGCCCUGCAACAGUUUUAGCAUGGCCAAAUAGCAAAACUGUAGCAGGGCAUGCUGGUAUGUGUAGUUCAACAACAGCUGGAGGGCCAAAGGUUCCCCAUCCCUGGCUUAGAGAGAGAGUGGAGAGAGAUAAAGGGGUCUGUUUACUAAGGCGUGGAGAGAGAUAAAGGGGUCUGUUUACUAAGCCAUGGAGAGAGAUAAAGUGGUCUGUUUACGAAGGCUUGGAGACAGUGGAGAGAGAUAAAGGGGUCUAUUUACUAAGCCAUGGAGAUAGUGGAGAGAUAUAAAGGGGUAUACUUACUAAGGCGUGGAGAGAGAUAAAGGGGUCUGUUUAUGAAGGCUUGGAGAGAGAGAGUGGAGAGAGAUAAAGGGGUCUAUUUACUAAGGCGUGGAGAGAGAUAAAGGGGUCUGUUUAUGAAGGCUUGGAGAGACAGUGGAGAGAGAUAAAGGGGUCUGUUUAUGAAGGCUUGGAGAGACAGUGGAGAGAGAUAAAGGGGUCUAUUUACUAAGGCGUGGAGAGAGAUAAAGGGGUCUGUUUAUGAAGGCUUGGAGAGACAGUGGAGAGAGAUAAAGGGGUCUGUUUAUGAAGGCGUGGAGAGACAGUGGAGAGAGAGAAAGGGGUCUAUUUA